AUGAUGGUAAUGGGAACAGAAGUAGUGAAACCUUGGGUACAGCAGCUGCAGAGCGAAAGUGAAUAUGGCGAUACAAUAUGCAAACUAAAAAGGGGCGAACAGGUGAGCCUGUAUUGGAUAGAAAAUAGUAAAUGGGUGACAAAUGCCGACGGCAUAGUUCAAGCAGCGGUGCCUCAAUCAUAUAGACGUAAGUUGUUUGAGAAGGCACAUAGUGGUGCAUUUGCGGGAUACCUAAGUGCUGACAAGAUUUAUAAGCAGCUAUCGAAUAGACAUACUUGGUCUGGUAUGCGCAGGGAUAUCGGUAGAUAGCA